AUGGAGAAUAUUGAACCUACGCCCGUUUUCAAUUUCGAGUCUCAUGAUACUGCGUUAUGCGCUAUCCCUCCCCGAGAACUAUGGUCAUCGGUAGAUCGACUGAGAUGUCUCUACGACAAGGCUUAUACUGCCUGGCCGCCUCAUGUUAACAUUAUAUACCCAUUUGUGCGGCCUGAGCGCUUAGAGAAUGCAGCCCACGUUCUUCAAGGAAAUGCGAUAGAAUACCAGCCUCAACUGGCCCUCGAUACGGCCGACUUCUUCAAACACAAGCACAACAACACUAUAUACUUGGGCCAAAGCUCCAAGGACAAUGUGAAUCAGCUUUCAAAGCUCAAGAACUACAUUUCAAACACCCUUGGCCAUCCUCAGGAUUCAACGGACGAAAACUUCACCCCUCAUAUGACAAUUGGUCAGAGUGAAGAUGCAGAAGCUGCACCGCAUUAUUUUCUUCUGGAAAAGGCUCGCCUCUUGGCGCCUAUAACAUGGAAAGUUAAGGAAGUUGCUAUUCUUGUUCGCGAACCUCUCGCGCAAAGCGGCAGUGGCAGCGGCCCUCGGCCUAUGAAGCUCUGGGGGACCCUGAAUCUUGAAUCAGGCACGCUCACUCAGACAACACAACCUCAAGACUUCACUGAUCGCUUGAAAGAGAUAUCACGCAUCGCCUUCCAACCAGCACACUAUUUUUCAGAGCUUUUAAAACCUCCGGAAAAGGAUGACUUUCCUGCCCAUACACCGGAUGCCACUGAGCUUUUGCUGGAUCGAUUAGUUGUUGCUUCUUACAAUGUUUUGGCCGAGUUUGAAUGGCCCCCUCAAUCACAUCGACAUGUACCUUUGGUGCAGAACCUUCUCUCCGCUCAAGCUGCCGCCGAUAUUGUUGUACUUCAGGAGGUUACAGAUCACUUCCUCCCUGAUCUCCUUGGUAGCGAGGAACUGCGUGGUCGUUAUCCCUACGUCUCGCAUGGGCCUCCAGAAACCACAGGUUCCGAGCCACUUCCUAGCCUUUUAAAUAUCGUUGUACUGAGUAAGUUUCCGUUCGAGUGGCAUCAUCUACCAUUUCAAAGAAAACACAAAGGAUGUACUGUCGUGCGAUUCCCUACCAUUGGUACAAGAGAUACCCCAGACGGGGAGUUCAGGCCCUGGAUAAUUGUGGCAUGUCAUCUCAGCCAAGGCCUUACUGAUGGGGCCAUUGCUACCAAGAAGAAUGAGAUCCAAAAGAUGCUCGAUUAUCUAACGGCUACAUUCCCACAACACCCGUGGGUACUUGCAGGCGAUUUCAAUCUUGUGACUUCUUCUCAUACUAUCGAAGCUGCUCGAAAAAAACAAGACAUAUCAUUGCAGACAGUUCAUCGGCUGCAAGACAUUGACCGGGCAUUACUGGACGCUGGCUUUCUCGACACCUGGCUAGCCACUCGACUCGAAUCAGGCGAGUCUUCAGACAUGAAUAAUGAAAGAAGAAGUGUGCUUGAUUCUUUCCAGGGAGAGCAAGGGGCUACCUUUGAUCCUCUGACAAACACACUGACUGCCGAACUUGUUGGAAGUGGACUCAACAACCGGCCACAGAGGUACGACAAGAUACUCGUCAAGACAGGGCACUAUCACCCGCAUGGUUUCAAUAUGUUUGGACAAACGCCGUUCCAGUCACCUCGAGGAGGCUAUCCCACAUACGCUAGUGAUCACUGGGGUAUAAGAUGCCUUCUGUUGAAAUCAUCGUCAAGUGAGAUGUCCAAGGCAACUGUUCCAGAAAUGAAGAUCAAACUUCAGCGACCUGUGCCAAGUUUGGUCGAAGGCGAGGGCUUAGAGCACUUCUUGGAAAAUUAUGGUUGUCUGCCAACGGAGCAGGAAAGAGAGACAAGGGUCCAAGCGGUUAAAGCUCUGGAGGUUGCUCUGAAGGACAUCGACUUAUCAUCAUCAGAGGAUGAUGCAAGAUCUGGACCCCCGUUUGUUGUGGUUCCAGUUGGUUCAUAUGGAUUGGGCGUCUGGACCAGCUCGUCUGAUAUUGACUGUCUCUGUAUCGGCCCAUUUAGUUCCAAGACAUUCUUUACUUUGGCAGUUCAGAGACUGAAGCGAGCGGCAGACAUCAGGAUCUUACGACGGGUCAAAGCCAACUCUGGGUACAUGCUGGAACUAGAAGUACAUGGCAUCAAAGUAGAUCUCCAAUAUUGCGCAGCAGCGUCAAUCGCCGAAAGGUGGCCUGAAGUUAUGAAACGACCAGCUAAUGACUCGGCAUUUGCUUUACCUUUCCAGACCCUAGCGAAGCUUAAGCCUGUUCGCGAUCUCUUUUACCUGCGUCGAUCACUUCCAGACAUGGUCCAAUACCGGAUGGCACACUUGUACAUCAAGUCCUGGGCCCAGGCACGAGGCAUCUAUUCUGCAAAAUUCGGGUUCCUUGGUGGCAUCCAUAUCAGUGUCCUUCUUGUUCCAAUCUGCAAAUCGCUGGCUUUUGGGAGUGAGAUGAUAUCUCCAGCAGAUAUUGUAACCACAUUCUUCAGACACUAUGCAGAUUUCGACUGGAAAAACUCGAUGGUGUUCGACCCGUUCUUUCACAAAGAUUUGAGGUACAACCGUACAUUUAGAGAGCCUCUCUGUCUCAUCGGCUGGCAUGCCCCAGCGCUCAACACUGCUCCGAUAGCAUCCAACCCAACUGUGGUGACUAUUGCAGCUGAAAUAGAGCGUGCCGAUAGAUUACUUUCUCAGGAUGGCUGUAAAUGGAAUAGUGUACUAGGUCUUCAGUCCACCCAGGAAGCAGGAAAAACCAGAGGAACUGCGGAGUUUUUGAAUGAGUUCAAAACUUACAUCAAGAUUGAUGCACACUAUUGGGGGCCGUCACAGGAAAAAAGUGGCCGGUUCAUCGGUUGGCUCGAAUCCCGUUGUGUUAUGUUGUUGGUUGACAUAAAUAGAAAGCUUCAGAACUUGAUCGCACGAAUUUGGCCAUCUCGGUUCUUAGAUGCGUCUUCUGGAGGAGCGGGAGGCCCAGGCGAGGAGUACCAUGGUUGCUACCUCAUCGGCCUUGCCUGGGACGGCAACAUGAGCAAAGACGAUGCCAAGGAGAUGCGUACGAGCAUCCAAACAGUCUUACAGGACUUCGAGACAAGGAUCCGCCGCGACGAGAAGUAUUACGAUGCUCAGUCCUGUUGGAUGAGCGCAACACUUGCUCGAGGCUCCGAUCUUGGUGAGAUGGAAGUUGAUCAAAGUUUAUGGGGGGAAUUUGCCGGAGAUACAGACGACGAGGACUCGGAUGAAGAGCUUGAAGAGGAGGAAGAACUCGACAACGAUGAGGAAGAACUGAAAGGAAAGGGCAGCACCCACGGGUCUCGAGCUGCAGUAGUAGGCAAGGCGCCUGGACUUGGUAAAUUUCGCACGGCUGCCGAUGUGCUCAACCGGAUACGAUGGGAUACCAACUUCGACACAAGCGACUACAUCGUUGGGUACGAGGACCGUUUCCUAGGGGCUCGUGAAAGAGCAGUGGAACAGUGGAAGAGCGAGCAGACCGACGAGGAGUUUAUCCCACAACACCGCAUUCUGUACUUCAAGCGCAAUGCUGAUAAUGUCAUUGUGUGGGAGCGCCGAACGCGGACUGAUGAUAUCUUCGGUAGCGGCAUCAAGAGGCCGACAACAGAUGUCUGA